CCUUGCUUGUCUUGCGUGACGCCUCUAUCCCCUUCGCGUCAAUCCGCUUCUCUCGGCAGAAAGAUUCCGAUUCUUCUGCUGCUCCUGUAGUUUCGAUUCCGUCCAUGGCUUCUCCCUCCGCCAUAGCCCUCCUCCCCGCCGCAGCGGCGGCCCUUCUGCUGGUGAUCGCGGGCGUCAAUGCAGGCGGAGACGGGAAAGGGCGCGUGAGCAAUCAGAGAGAGUUCGAUUACUUCAAGCUGACCCUGCAGUGGCCCGGCACACUCUGCCGCCGGACUCGCCAUUGCUGCUCCUCCAACGCCUGCUGCAGUAGCUCAAACUCUCCAGCUGAAUUCACAAUCCAUGGACUAUGGCCUGAUUACAACGACGGAACUUGGCCUGCCUGUUGCACCCAGGAUAAUUUUGAUGAGAAAGAGAUAUCGACAUUGGUUGAUGCUCUGCAAAAGUAUUGGCCCUCGUAUUAUUGUGGAUCUACUUCAACUUGUUACGGUGGAAAAGGAUCAUUUUGGGCGCAUGAGUGGGAGAAGCAUGGAACCUGUUCAUCUUCAGUUGUAGGAGAUGAGUACAAUUACUUCGUGACAACUCUCAAUGUCUACUUCAAAUAUAAUGUCACUAGAGUGCUAUUUGAUGCUGGAUAUGUUCCCUCUAACACUGAAAAGUAUCCUCUGGGAGGCAUCAUCACUGAAAUUCAGAAUGCUUUCCAUACAACCCCAGAAAUAGCUUGCUCCAAUGGUGCCGUGCAGGAAAUUCGUUUAUGUUUCUACAAGGAUUUCCAGCCUCGAGACUGUGCAGUCACCCUGCCUGGUAUGAGCGUCUCAAAAAGCUCAUGCCCGAAAUAUGUCAGUCUACCUGCAUACACCUCAAGAGGGCACGAGGAAGUUGAAAUGCCGGUCUUGUCAAACCCUUGGAGCAAGUCGAUGUAACUAUGUACAUACUGUUUCCUGUCUCUCUUGAUCAACACGACGAUCCGGCAGUCUUAGUUGUGAUGUAAUCCUGCCGUUACUUGGAAUUUAUCGCCUAUAUGGUUGGUGAUAGCAUUUACAAGCUGUACCAUUCCACCAACGAGAUGUAUCGUUGUAUUGUAUCAUAUCCAAUGCAAUGUCUAAUUUAUUUGCUAGACAUUGAAAUCA